AUGUUCCGUCCCGUCUUCAACGCGAUCAGACCCGCCGUCUCCCGCGGCGCCCUUCGUACCCCCGUACGUCGUGAGGCUGCGCGCGCUUUCUCGACCUCCCUCCGCCACCAAGCCGGAGGUGGCGAACUCUAUCCCGUCACCCAACCUCCACACUGGCCGUCCGAGGCCUCGCGCAACAACGCCACUGGCACCGACGCCGAGGUGCUAGACCGAUUCAAGAUCCGUGAGAUCUGCGAAGGCUGGGGCUGCUACCGCGAUGCCGCUGAAUGGGAGAACUACCGGUCAAUGUUCUGGGAUGACGCCUAUAUCGCAACGAGCUGGAAGCAGGGCUCCAUCGACGAAUUCAUCAAAGCCUCCAAGGACGGUUUCUCGCGCGGCAAGGAGUUCAUGUACAUCAUGCACCGCAUCAUCGGCCAAACUGUCGACGUUCAGGGCAACCGAGCCGUCGCCAAGAUGAAAGUGACCAUCACCUGCCGCUUCACCUUCAACAACAUCGAAGUGGACAACGAGGCCGAAUGCCGCUUUUUCUUCAUGCUGGAGAAGCGUGAGGGUCGUUGGGGUAUCUGCUUCUACACGCUGCUGUUCGACAAGGACAAGAUGAUCCCGGUCCACCCCGGCAGGACCUUUGACAUUCCCGAGAAGGAGGUCAUGAAGUAUCCUUCCGGAUAUCGGUACCUGGCCUGGCUUGAGGACUGUAUAGAUACUCCGCCAAAGUUAGACCUUAACAGCCAUGGACCUGAGCGUGAUAUCUUGUACAAGAAGUGCAAGGAUUGGCUGGAGGGCAAGGUCGUCAAGCCCAACUUGACGGGCACGGACGUCAUUGACAAGUGGUAA